GGCCCGGGGUGCAGCUCAGGGGACAAAGAGCGAAAUCCCCAGCAGUUGAGGCUUUGCGAAUCCACCCAAAUCAACGCCGCCAGGGCAGAGCCCCAGUGCUUAUGGGCACGCAGAUUUCUCGAGGCCAGUCCAGCCCUACAGCAUCACAAAUGCUCUUUACUCUGCAUUGUAACGAGCGCCCAGACUGCCUCGAGCUCGGGGAAGUUUGAAAACAAUCGCUUCACGUCGGGUAUUUGUUCAGCUACUGCAAGCGCACGAAUCCAGCGCGGCGGCGACUGCUAGGCCGCGCCUCAACCGAGCUUGGUCCUUUCCUUUGGUCCCGCCUCUCUGCUCAGCGCGGAUUGGUGGCGAGGAGCAAUUCCGCUGCUGAUUGGUCGGCGACGGAGUCGCUCGUGGAGACUGUACGUUCGGGUGCCCGCGGAGUGCUAAAUUUAUCUUCAGACAAGCGACCGCGCCAGCCGCGAAUCGGAUCCCUAUGGAGGUGGCAUAGGCGGUAUCCCAGAGCUGAGAGCAUCACCCGGCCCCCGAAUCCUUCUUUCCUCUAUUUUGUUUUUCAUUUUCCUUCCUCCUCCCUCUCCCCUUACCCUUUCCCCCUCCAGUCCGCGACGACUGGCUCUUGACCCUGUUCAGGCCUCUGUGAAGGCUUUUGGUUACUUCCCUUCUACCCAGUCCCUUAAAUUUAUUUUUUUGAAGAGUGCAUUUCAAGCUGCCAAGGUGGAGAGAGUGAUUGCAGAAGGGAGUGCUGCUCAAUUCAGCUUUUAUUUUUAUGUGAUAAUCUACCUUUAAGAAAAGGUGUGCCUACCUGAAAGCACCAGGAAGUCGAAUGAGAGAUCACCUGAUACACGAACGUGUGAUGUUCCAUCUGCGCAUUGAUGCAUAGGCAACAUUUACAGAUUAACUAAUGUGUUCUAUAUUUCAUCUCUUUGAUGAUCGCUCAUCUUCUAUGUAUCCUGUCUUAUAAUUUCAACACAUUUGUGAUACUCAAUGUUUAUUCUAAAUUAACCAUGUUUUGUACCACAAAUACAUUGCCUAUGGAUCUGUUGCUGAAACAAGGAAGUCUUAAACAAGAAGUAGAAUCUUUUUGUUAUCAAAUUGUGUCUGAAUCAAAUGAUCAAAAGGUUGGAAUAUUACAGAGUGAAGAUGAGCAGUUGCAGCCUUCAGUUUCUAAAAAUUCAGAAGGUGAGCUUUCUAGGGUCAAAUUUAUGUCCAGUUCCAACAAAAUAACAACAUUUAGUAAGAAACCAAAAAGAAGAAAAUACGAUGAAAGUUAUUUGUCUUUUGGAUUUACUUACUUUGGAAAUAGAGAUGCACCUCAUGCUCAGUGUGUGUUAUGUAAGAAAAUUUUAUCAAAUAGCUCUUUGGCCCCUAGUAAGCUUCGAAGACAUUUGGAAACCAAACAUGCUGCAUACAAAGACAAAGACAUAAGUUUUUUCAAGCAACAUCUUGAUUCACCUGAAAAUAAUAAACCCCCAACACCUAAAAUUGUCAACACAGACAAUGAAAGUGCUACAGAAGCAUCAUACAAUGUAAGUUACCAUAUAGCUCUGAGUGGAGAGGCUCAUACUAUUGGAGAGUUGCUUAUCAAGCCUUGUGCAAAAGAUGUUGUGAUGCGGAUGUUUGACGAACAGUAUAGUAAAAAAAUAGAUGCAGUACAACUAUCAAACAGUACUGUUGCACGUCGAAUUAAAGAUCUAGCUGCUGACAUUGAAGAAGAGCUUGUUUGUAGACUGAAAAUUUGUGAUGGGUUUUCACUGCAACUAGAUGAAUCGGCUGAUGUUUCAGGACUUGCUGUGCUGCUUGUGUUUGUUCGUUACAGGUUUAAUAAGUCUAUUGAGGAAGACCUACUCUUAUGUGAAUCUUUGCAGAGUAAUGCCACUGGUGAAGAAAUUUUCAACUGCAUCAACAGUUUUAUGCAGAAACAUGAAAUUGAAUGGGAAAAAUGUGUUGAUGUUUGUAGUGAUGCUUCUAGGGCAAUGGACGGGAAAAUUGCUGAGGCUGUCACCUUGAUAAAAUAUGUGGCUCCCGAAAGCACCAGUAGUCACUGCCUAUUAUACAGACAUGCACUAGCAGUUAAAAUAAUGCCUACAUCUCUGAAAAAUGUGCUAGAUCAGGCAGUACAAAUCAUCAAUUAUAUCAAAGCUCGACCGCAUCAAUCCAGACUAUUAAAAAUUUUAUGUGAAGAGAUGGGUGCCCAGCACACAGCACUUCUUCUAAAUACAGAAGUGAGGUGGCUUUCCCGAGGUAAGGUUCUUGUAAGACUUUUUGAGCUUCGUCGUGAACUCUUGGUUUUCAUGGAUUCUGCGUUUCGACUGUCUGACUGUUUAACAAAUUCAUCUUGGCUGCUAAGACUUGCAUAUCUUGCGGAUAUUUUCACUAAAUUAAAUGAGGUUAAUAUGUCAAUGCAGGGAAAAAAUGUGACAGUUUUUACAGUAUUUGAUAAAAUGUCCUCACUGUUAAGAAAAUUGGAAUUUUGGGCCUCAUCUGUAGAAGAAGAAAACUUUGAUUGCUUUCCUACACUCAGUGACUUUUUGACUGAAAUCAAUUCCACAGUUGAUAAAGAUAUUUGCAGUGCCAUCGUGCAGCACCUAAGGGGUUUGCGCUCUACUCUGUUAAAAUAUUUUCCUGUGACAAAUGACGGUAAUGCUUGGGUUAGAAAUCCAUUUACAGUAACUGUUAAACCAACCUCAUUGUUAGCACGGGACUAUGAGAGCCUGAUUGAUUUAACAUCUGAUUCUCAAGUAAAACAAAAUUUCAGUGAACUUUCACUAAAUGACUUUUGGAGUAGCCUAAUUCAAGAGUACCCAGGCAUUGCCAGGCGUGCAGUUCGUGUACUUCUUCCUUUUGCUACAAUGCACCUCUGUGAAACAGGGUUUUCAUAUUAUGCUGCAACAAAAACGAAAUACAGGAAAAGACUUGAUGCUGCUCCUCAUAUGCGGAUCCGACUUAGCAACAUUACACCUAAUAUUAAGCGGAUAUGUGAUAAAAAGACACAAAAACACUGUUCUCAUUAAAAUUGGAAGGUUUUGCAUGUGUCUUGAUAACCAAAUAUAAGAUGAAAAUAAAAAUGAUUUACUUCA